AUGGGCACGGGCAAGUCCGUCAGCUCGAGCACCUUCAGCGCCGGCGGCUGCGACUGGAGGAUCGACUUGUACCCUGACGGGGUCGACGAGAACAAAAGUGCUUAUGUGUCAGCCUUCCUGUAUUUUGUCAGUGGGACAGCAGAUGCAGCCGCCGUCGUUGUAGUUCCGAAGCCAAAGCUGCACCAGGACCUCACAGACAUGCUGAAGAGCGGGGAAGGUGCAGACGUGACGUUCAGUGUGGGCGACCAACUGUUCCCUGCUCACCGGUGCAUCCUGGCCGCACGGUCCAUGGUGUUCAGGGCGGAGCUCUUUGGCGCGAUGAAGGAGAAGGAUGCACAUUGCAUCAAGAUCCAAGACAUGGAGCCUGCGGUAUUCGAGGCGCUCCUGCACUUCGUCUACACGGAUUCCAUGCCAGAUGAUUGCGACGACACGGAUUCCUUGCCAGAUGAUUGCGAUGACAAUGCAGCAGUUAACAUUGUGGCAAUACAGCACCUGUUAGUUGCAGCCGAUCGGUAUGGGCUUGACAGGUUAAGGCUCCUGUGCGAAGCAAAGCUGUGCCGCGAUAUUGAUGUGCAGACGGCGGCCACCACCCUAGCUUUAGCAGAGCAACACCAAUGCACCCGGCUCAGAGGUGCCUGCAUUGGGUUCAUAGCUUCGCGUGAUGUGCUUGGUGCUGUCAUGGAAACCGAUGGGUUCAAACAUCUCAUCACUAGCUGCCCUGCAAUCAUGAAGGAGAUUUUGGACAAGGUCGCUGCCGUCUGGAGCAAUAAGUAG